CGAAGAAUUGUUACGUUUGGGAUUUUAACAUCUAUGGUAGUAUGUGGAUAUCUAUCAUGGUGGCUGUUGGUAUCGUCUUCAGCUGGACAACCCCUGAGGCACUAUAUAAAAAGUAUCAUAGAUGAUAUGAUUUCAGAUCGUGUCCAAAUCGAUAAAAUACAAUAUCAACUGUCUGAAAACAUACAUAAUCUGGAGAAUAAAAUAUUAGUCGAAGGAAAGAAACGGGGGGGAAAACUUAAAAGUGAAGUUGAAAUUCCGGAUUGCAAAUCGUUUAAAAACAAGACUAUCAAGGAAUCGUUAGCCGAAAACGUAAAGAUUGUGAGCAAUUACAAUUUUACCCAUAUCGGUAAAUAUCUUCAACGUUUGCAGUUGGAUACAAAGGGGAUAUUCCACUUGGCACAACGAAAAGAGAACUCAACAGCACCCACCAUUGUGUCAGGAUUUUCAGACAAUCAUUACAAAGAGGCGAUUGGUCUCUUCAACUCCAUUAACAACCCUGUUCGGAAAAUGUACCCCGAUUUAAAAUUUGUAGUAUUUGAUCUAGGAUUGACUGAAGAACACAGAAAAACUGUACAGAAAUUAUGUAACUGUGACGUAAGGAAGUUUCCGUUUGAAAAUUAUCCAUCUCACAUGAAAUUCCUCCGGGGUUUCACAUGGAAACCCGUUAUAAUACAGAUGAUGCUGCAAGAAUUCGAUUUUGUUAUGUGGGUCGAUUCAUCUAUUCGAUUAAAUAAGAAUGUUGAUAGACUAUUUGAAAGAGCGAGGUACUAUGGAAUACAGUCUCUUGGUGGAUAUGGUUCUAUAGCAGUUCGCACACACAAUAUUCUGUUUGACUUUCUGAAAGAGGAACCCUGCAUGUUUAACUAUCCAGAAGUACAAGGUGGUUGGGUCGCAAUAAAGCGGUCUCUUUUCACAUUAAAAGUGCUGUUACAGCCCUGGGUAUCAUGUGCACUUCAGUAUGGAUGUAUGGAUUUUCCAUACUCAAAAGCGUUUCUUACUUGUUCGAGUAUGACCAAGCUUUUCCAUUGUCAUAGAUCUGACCAGUCUGUUCUCGGAAUUCUGCUUACUAGACUGUUUCACGUAAACAGACAGCUUUUCGUUUUCAAUGAUGGCGAAUUUGGUAAUGUGAGAAGAGAUAGCAUUGAAAAGUUUAUACCACAGGAUAGUGGGCAUGUAUAACUAUUCUGCAGCAAUGUUUUUCAAAUUCUAUGCAAAAACACAUUUGUUUAAAUUUUCGGUAGCAGACAAUGUGCUGGCAUCCAUUAUCAUACAUUUACAUUUCCAAUGCUUUUGGUUUUGAUUAUCGUUAUAUGAUUGACAUUUUUAUGAACGCGCUGGAAUGGAGAACAAUGUAAUGAACAAAUUACUUUUUAAAAACACUUGGUUAAAAAAAAAGAAAUUUGCUUGAGUAUUUUUGCUUGAGUAUGCUUUUUAAUGUACAUUUUGUAUAUCGACAAAAGUGACACAUAAUACAUAAUGUAUUCUCAUACAUUUGUCUUUCAAGGACAAUUCCUAUUGCGCCAUCAACCCAAAAUAUCGAAAACAGGAAAGCGCGAUAAAGGGCAACAUGAUAUCUGAAUUACAUAGAUAUAAAAUCACGUAUUUCAUUGGCUCGAUGAUUGAUUGAUUGUUUUACGUCCCGUUGAGAAAUCAUACUGAGACGUCACCGGCUGUAGGUACCACAAAUAUUUAGACCUAUGCUUAGCGCCGUAGAAGUGAGGGUCCUAAUUGUGCCAAUGCCUUUUGCAACACGUCACCUCCAUUUUAAAGGUCAUAUCUGAAAGACACAGGAUUGUCAUUUUUAAUGUUGAGCGUUUGGCGAAGGAGCAAUCACUACCGAUGUUUAGGACUCGAACUCACGACCAUCCGGUUAUGAAGCGAACGCUCUAUCACUUAUAAGCUACCGUGACCGGUUUGGUACUAUAAUGAUCAAUAACAAUGGUUAGAUGACAUGAUGGUACGAUACUGAUCUACAACAGUGAUACGAUGACAUGAUGAUACGAUAAUGAUCUACAACAGUGAUACGAUGACAUGAUGGUACGAUAAUGAUCUACAACAGUGAUACGAUGGCGUGAUGGUACGAUACUGAUCUACAACAGUGAUACGAUGACAUGAUGAUACGAUAAUGAUCUACAACAGUGAUACGAUGGCGUGAUGGUACGAUACUGAUCUACAACAGUGAUACGAUGACAUGAUGAUACGAUAAUGAUCUACAACAGUGAUACGAUGACAUGAUGAUACGAUAAUGAUCUACAACAGUGAUACGAUGACAUGAUGAUACGAUAAUGAUCUACAACAGUGAUACGAUGACAUGAUGAUACGAUAAUGAUCUACAACAGUGAUACGAUGACAUGAUGAUACGAUAAUGAUCUACAACAGUGAUACGAUGACAUGAUGGUACGAUAAUGAUCUACAACAGUGAUACGAUGACAUGAUGGUACGAUAAUGAUCUACAACAGUGAUACGAUGACAUGAUGAUACGAUAAUGAUCUACAACAGUGAUACGAUGGCGUGAUGGUGAUGAUAGAAUGGCGAAGCUAUGAAGAAACACGAGGAAAACAGAAAAAAAUAUUUUAGCGAGUCCAUUUUUAGAUGUUCAUAAGACAGACAAAUCUGGUGGUGAUGAAUUAUACAUUGCCUUAAAUCUAUAUAUUUCACCGAUUAAAAACGAUCAAAUAGAGCGAUCGAGAGGGUAGUUGGAUUCAAAUGUCAAGAUGAUCGUUUUUUAAUUUCAAUUUAUUUACAACUUAUCAAUUGCUAUAUCUUGUAAUUGAAUCCCUAUACGGUUUUUUUCCUGUCACGUCCAGAUUUGUUGUUUGAAAUAUUAUGUCUUUUAAGAAUGAUAUAGAUUUGAUAUAAUUUAUGAUUUUAAAAUAGAUGUACAAUGCAUAUGUAGGUAUGUAUGCUAGUCAUUUACUACAGAUUUAACAUAACACUAACAGAUGAUACCAUCGGGUAAUUGCUGCACAUCAUUGGUACUAUUGCAUCAACCUGUAUUUUUGCACUAUAAUCAGAUGUAUUGUACAUCGUAUCACGAUAUGACUGAAUAAAAUUUGACACUUUUUGUUGAUUGUAAAAGUGAAAUUCAAAUAAAUGAAACACUAUUAAUGCAGUCAAAAUGCUUUGCCUGUACAUACUUGCAUUGUGGCGGUCACCUUUUAGAUCUCUGUGAUAUGAACACAAUCAGUAUUUGGUAUUGUGAAUCACGGAGAUGGGAACUUUGGGGACUUGUUCUGGUUUUCUUGGGAUCAUCCAAUGGCAAUUUAGGAAAAUAUACAUAAAAUGAAAAACAGCAUUUUGUUUGGUCAAUAUAUUAGGAAAUAUCACCAAAAAUACAGGAUUUUGGAUUCCGGUUCAGUAUGAUGAUUUCUAACAUAUCGACAUCAUCAAAAUUCAUUAACUAUCUUAUAACACCAGUGGUACAACUUUAUAUGAUAUAUAAAUAUACUGAAACAAUUUUUGUGCUAUUAUUAUUCACUAUAAUGACCAGUGUUACCAUUGCAUCGUCACAUGAUUAAUAAAUUUGUCA